AUGGCUUUGAACUCCCACGACGUCGCAAAAGUCGACUCGUUUAUCAACCGCGAACCCGAAGUUCGCAUUGUCCUCAGACCUAUCGCACCACCCGCAGCACUAGGAUUGGCAGGUUUCGCAGGCAGUACAUGGAUAACAGCAUCGUGGAUUGCCAAUUGGUGGGGCAAUGACAGUUCUCCAACCAUCUUUUUCCCAUUUGUCGCUUUCUGGGGUGGGUUGAGUCAGUUUAUUGCUGGACUUUAUGGGUUCCAUGCGAGAGAUACGUUGGUCAGCGUGAUUAAUACGAUGUGGGGCGCGUUUUGGAUGAGUGAGGGAUUGAUGUUUUUGUUGAACACGGUUGGUGCUUUGCCCGCUGGCGAUAUCCAUGCGCAUUUGCCUGAAUUGGCAUCUUGGUUUGUGGUUUUGGCUGCUUUUACUUGGGUCGGCGCAAUCGCAGCAACCGCCCGUGACGUUAUCCUCGCAACCCUCCUCUUCGCCCUUGCCAUCGGAACAACAAUCGCCUGCUGUCUCUUUGCCUACGGAACUGGAGUUGGAGUCGGCAUCAAAGUAGCCGCUUACUUCUGGAUGUUUUCGUCCUUGCUUGCUUGGUGGCGUGUUGCGGUCUACUUGAUUGAAGAGGCAUAUGGCCCUAAGAGUGGGAUUGCAAAGUUCUUCCCUGUGUUCAGAACUGCUACCGAGAAGAGUGCUCCUAUGGUUGUUCCUGGAUUGGGAGAGCCUGGUGUCAAGAGAGGUAUGCCUGGUGUUAUCUAA